AUGGAAGAAUCAAAUGAAAGCGAAAAGGUCGAUGCCAACUGCAAGUAUUGCCAGCUAAGGAUCGACGAUGACAACUACCUGCAGUGCGAGCAUUGCGAUGAACUGGUGCACAUCAAGUGUCUGCACACGAGUACUCCUGGUGAUUUGUUGGGUGAUAUUUUCUUUGACUUCACAUGUGCAACGUGCGCGGAGGAGCAGCUGAAACAGAAAGGAGCGCCGUAUACACACAAUGAUGUGAAAGAGCAGUGUGUGCGUCAGAAGAUGCCCUGGCUGAUGGUGCUGACACUGACCCUUUACAAUCUGUCGCACAAACAGAAGGGUCUGGGUCAUCAUGGGUUCUUCCACUGGCGCACACACAUCAUCAGUUUUGUGGAACGCAACUGGAACUACAUAUUCGGCCCGAAUGCUCGCCGUCGCAAGAAGUGGACUGGCUCCGUCUCGGGUACUCUCUCACACAAUAGCCCAAAAUACUUCAUUUCGGCCAUGGAACAGUUCAAUGAGACAGGCUGGUGGAAGCUGGCCAAAUCAAACCAAACACCCAGAAGCACGAAACGAGAAUAUGAGAAAACGCUGGAACAACGCGUGGCGAUGCGAUUUGACAAACCUUCCCUUGCCGGUUAUGAUAGUGAUAGUGAGGUGGAUGUGAUUGAUCAUACUGCACCCAUCGUCGAAGAGAAUGUAAAGAUUCCUGCUGUAGCCGAGGUUCCUACACCUUGCAGCGAAGGCUGUGCCCGUACUAUUCCUUAUAUGGGACGACAACCCAGGCAGCCACCGCCUCCUGUGGCCACUGUAAUUCCAGAGGAACCACCGCUUCCUCCCACCAUACCAGUGCCUCAGGCGCGUGUGUCCAUGACAGUAAAGGAGGAAGAGGAGGUUAAAUCACCCCAGCCACUCAGCAGUGUGCAGGCCAGCCUUAUGGACUUUUUAGCCGAGAGCUUUGGUGGCGACGAACUCAGCAUGUUCAGCAGUUUACCCGGCAUAAUGCCACCACCCCUGAUUGGAGCGGGAAAAACAGAUUUCUUUAUGACGGAAGCAUUGCUGGAGUCUCCCUCGCCCAGUGGUGGUCUAUUCGACAUGGAGACAAACUUUGGCAUUCCGGACACCAGCGAAGAAGUGAAGCACGGACCCAACAUCAAAGAGGAGAUGGCAGACACGACGGCCGCGGAUUUACCAGCAGAUGAGGCCAGCGCAGAGAGCGAGGAAGAUCAAACCGAAGACCAAAAAGAGAUCGCGUUGGAGGAGAUGGAAGCUACCUCUAGCCAUCAGCCGCGAAUAGUGGAAAUCACCAAUUAUCAUCCCCGCGAACAAAGCCAGAAAAUCAAGCAGGAACCCAUUGAAGAGGAAAUGGAAGAGAUCUCCGAAGAGGCAUUGCAAACUAAAGCCCCACUGAUAGGGCACUGCAAGCCGAGCGGUUUCAUCCGACAGCCGCGCCGUAAUUGGCCCUGGCUGCAGGAGAGACCCCAAGAGGCGGAUGAUGUGGCCAUACCCAGCGAGAAUCUAACCCUGAUGAGCGUCUGCGAGGAGCAGAAGGUGUAUGAGCGGCUGCACAAGAUCUUCUCGCUGGAGCAGCAGUGCCAAUUGAGCAUCCCAGCCUUUGUGCGUCGCCUGUAUCGCAAGCUGUGCCUGCGCAAAUGGAAGCGAGAGCACAACAGGCUCAUCUUCAACCUGGACGAGCACAUUGAUCCCACGGCCAGGGCACGGCGUCAGAUGCAUGGCGAACAGCAGGCACAAAUUCUGGAUCGCUAUCAGCUGCUGGCCCACUCCCAACAGAAUCCCAAGAGCUCGUUCUAUGCUCGCAUUACGGGCUCCACUCAGUAUGAAAUGUUCGAGUCUCCGUACUCGCAGCGGGUCUUGCAUCCCUUCAUCUUUCGCAGCGAGACGAUGGGCCCGCCUUGGCUGAAGCUUAUGUGCGAGCUGCAGCAUCGCGUGAAUCGCUGCCAUCCCACCCGAUCGCCCAUAGACUUUUGCUACGUGAGGCCGCAGCAUAUACCGGCGGUGAAUGCCCUGCUUCAGAGUGCCUUCUGGCCGAACAUUGAUGUAAGCGAAUGCCUUAGCUAUCCGGACUACAGUGUGGUGGCCCUCUACAAGAAGUUGGUCAUUGGCUGUGGUUUCCUCGUCCCAGACGUGGGCUACAACGAGGCCUACAUCUCGUUUAUGGCCGUGCGUCCGAAUUGGCAGCGCAGUGGCAUAGCCAGUUUCAUGCUCUACCAUCUCAUACAGACCUGCAUGUCCAAGGAUAUCACACUGCAUGUGUCCGCCAGCAAUUCGGCGGUGAUGUUGUACCAGAAGUUUGGCUUCAAGAUUGAGGAAAUCAUCGUAGACUUCUAUGACAAGUAUUUGCCAAUGGACUCAAAGCAAAGCAGGAACGCCUUGUUCCUUCGUUUGCUGAGAUGAUGGAGAAAUAAAGAGUCAGCGAAGUUAAAAUGGAAAUGUUGGGAUCCCUGGAAA